GGCUGUAUUUUUUGGCCCGCCAUUGGCACAUGGAAACAGCGCCACAAUUAAUUUACWUUAGAUUUAUCACAAGGACUGUUUGUGUUUUGUGUUCAGCAACGUGGAAAGUGAUUCAUUAAAUACGACGUUAGUUUUUUUUUGCUAUCAAUUGAAGUUAAAUAUUAGCGAAAAUAGAUUGAUACAUUGUGGAUUUACCGCGAAUAUGGCCGCUCUGACAUUGCGGAGGAAGUCUUGAAACCACUGCUCGAGGACAGUUCUCACAACAUUUCAGCCAGCCAACACGACUCCGUGCCACGCAAACCGAAAUGAUAACUAACGCGUUAGCUGCCUGGCUUGCUAUUUAGCUAMRUAGCUAACUAACUAUCUGAUAAGCUAGCUACGUUUGGUGAAGAAGAUUACUGUCUGUGCUAUGUGGUCAUAACUAGGGCUGACUAAUAGAAAUGAGUGUUCAAGUGAAUUUGAAAGGAUAGUCAUCUCACGUCCUGGCCAAUGUUUACAAACCAGAGAAUCUGAAAAUGACAACAAGGUCAUCAGAGAACGCUCUUGCUGCCAUCACCUUCCCCAAAUCCAAAUUGUCCUUAUGGGACACCACACCUAAUGGGGAUGUGAUUAGCCUCCACCUAUCCUAUUACAGAAAUCCCAGACUACUUCUGGUGGAGAAAGUUCUUCGUUUGGCCCACCGGCAUUCCCGAGAGAAUAACAAGCCCCAGUUCAGCUGUUACUUGUUGGGGACUAUUGCUGUGGAUUCUGAUGAAGAGGGUGUGACUUUGACUUUGGACCGGUUCGACCUGGGCCGGGAGCAACCCGGCUCCUCUGAAAAGGUCCCCACUGCCCUGAUGCCCGGGGACCUCCUGGUGCUGUGCGUGUUUGGAACCCGGGGGGUUGCUGCCACAGACACCAUGGUUCACUCUGCAGAAGAGUUCCACAUCUCUUUCAAGAUGCUCCAGCACUGCUGCAGCACCCGGGAGUCCCUGGACCUGUCCAAGCUGCUGGUCCUGCGAGCACACCUUGGCUGCUCCCAGCAAACAGACAGCCUGGGCUUCUGCCUGCGCUGGGCCGCCGUCACCCCUGGUAACACACUGGACGCUGUGCCCAUUCGGCCCGUGCUCAUCAUCCCCACAGCCUUGGCCAGGAACCUGAGUGGACCGACCAGCCUCACCCAGCCGCUACACAGCAGCGCUAGCCACAAACGAGGCUUUCUGACCAUGGAUCAAAGCAGGAAACUGCUCCUAAUACUGGAGUCUGACCCACAGGCCAAAACUCUACCACUGGUGGGACUAUGGCUGAGUGGGGUCAACCACAUCUCCAACCCCCAGGUGUGGGCGUGGUGUUUGAGGUACCUGUUCAGCUCCUCCCUCCAGGACAAGGUGACGUCAGAGGGCGGUGCGUUCCUGGUGGUGCUGUACUCGCUGACCCACAGGGAGCCAGAGUUCUACCAGGUCCAGCKCUGCAGUGGUCAGCAGCAGGACAUGACCUUCCAACUGCUCACUAGCACCGAGUCACUCACCUUCUACAAGAAUGUGGAGGUGUCUGAGGGCCAUACUCUGCAGUUUGAGCUCAGUGCUGAGAGCCAGAACACAGAGGCUGAGUUCUUCAGGGAACUGGUGUCCCGUGCCUCCUUCACAAGCCCUGCGGUAGUGGCAGCCUCUCCUCAGAACAGACUGUCUAUCAACGACCAUGACUCUGGAGUAGAGGACGAGGACCUCUCCCCCAGGCCCUCCCCAAACCCCCACCCUCUCACCCAGCAGACCAAGCGGGUCCACCAUUCUGUGCCGGAGCUCUCCCUGGUGAUGGACGGCAGCUUCCUUGAUGGAAAGACCAUGGGCCCCCCUCAUCCUCCCCCCUCAGCUCUGCUGCCCAGAGGUGGUUGCCCCCCCUCCCACCAGCUCCACCCUGGGGCGACCAGACGCCCAGGCCAGGGGCCCACCACACUCAGUGGUCCCCCACCCAUCAGAAGGCCCCUGACCCCCGCCAUGGACACUCAUGGUAAGGGCAGCAGAGGAUUCCUAUUCACCCCUGGGCAGCAGCCACCACCACUCCCGCCCCCUUCCUCUGGCAGGAAAUCAACCCCUCCACAGUUCGGGAAGACGUCCGCCUCUUCCUCCUCCUCAUCUUCCUCCUCUUCUCCAAAGACAGGCUUCUCUCCUAAUGGAUCAGUCCACCAGGCCAGGCAGUUCCACCAAGCACCAGGUCCCCUCUCUCACAAGUGGGCCUCCCCCGUCGGAGCCCCUCCACACCAGAGCCCCGGUCACCCCUCAGCCCCCAUGCCCACUCACCAACAGCCCGCUGUCCAUCUCAAACACUUCCACAGCACCCACAACAUGAACCAGCCUUGUGGGUGCUGCUCCUUCAACCCACAUGACCAUGUUACCCCCCUGUACCACCCCAACUACUGGCAGGGAGCUUCAGGUACCCACAACAGCCCAGUUAMGCACUUCUGUUCCAACUCCGAUGGUAACCCCCCCACCUCUCACAUUUCCCCUUCCCACCAAACACACCCUCACCACAGCCCAUUGUGCCACCCCGGGGGCCCACACUUACACCAUUUCACCGCCCAGGGGCCCUGCUUGGAGCGGCCGGCCCCUGUCUGUCAGAACCAGUGUUGCCAGGCCCAGUCGGCAAAGUCUCUCUUCCCCCUGGAUGGGCCCAUGGGCCUCCUGCCCUCUGACGCCUACAGAAUCCUGGUGGACCAAGACCGGCAGCUCAACUUACUGCAGGCACAGAUCCAGAAGCUACUGGCGGCUCAGGGGAAAGGGGGGAGCAGCUCRUCUCCAUCCACUGAGCUGGCAGCCAUGCAGCCACAGAUCUCCCCAGGACAACACACCAGGAGGAAUGCCAGCAUUGCUGUAGGAACAGGUGCCAGUUUGUUCUGGGGAAACCCCAUCGAUGCCCCCGCUUGCGAUGAGSACGAGCGCCAACAGCCAGAGUGGCACACGGACAGGGGGCUUGGCYCCCCCGAUGGCAGCAGGUCCUCCUCUGGUCGGAGUUCUGGCAGUGCCAGCCUCACCCACAGCAGGCACAUGAAUUGCACGGAAGAAGAGUGUGGGGGCAGUGAGGGACAUGUGAAAGGCACACCCUUCAACCAGUCAAUGCACCAGAGGAUUCAGUCAUCGUUUGGAGACGGUUCCUUCCAGAGCCCUGUGUUGGGGGAGAGUGCAAGCAUGUACUACCAGUCCCAGUCUCCACAGAGGGACAGCACCAAGAGUCAGGAGCCCAGAGCAGUGGAGGAUGAUCAGAGGUUUUAUCAAGACCUACUGGGCCAAGUGAACAGCCGUCUCCAGGGUACAGUGAACGAGGAGGGCGAAGAUGAGGAGGAACAGGACAGACGGACCUCAUACCCACGGCAGGAGAAACGCACCUUGUCCCUCUGUCAGUCCCAGKAGUCGUACCCUAGCCCUGUUCCCCUCUGCUCCCGUAGGCCGGAGCCCAGAGAGCAGCCGCCAGGAGGGAAGGAUCAGGUGCUCCACGCCACACUGCGCCAGCUGCAGCAGCUAGGGGUCAAUGUGGAUCUAGACUCUGCCGACUCGGGGGGCAAGGUCACACGCAGCUCAAUGGAGAGUGCCAGUACCCUGGCCGGCAUCAACCCAGAGGCAGUCAUCAGCAGACUGACCUUCCUGGAGUCCACGGGAACCAGCAUGCGGGGCCCCAGUGGCAGCGUGGACCUCAGCCUGGAGGCCAACGCCAUCGCCCUCCGGUACCUCAGCGACCAGCAGCUCUCUAGACUUUCUGUGGGGGGAGGGCAACAGCCCCCUAGGGCCCUCCCUAGGUUCAGCCCCUACACACCGCUCUCAGAGUUGCCUGGAGCGGCGAAGAGCACUGUGGGACUCAGUUGUAUCCUGUCUCCCAACAACAUGUCCUUCGCCACCAGCAAGUACAUGAGAAGGUACGGGCUUAUAGAGGAGGGGAGUAGGAGUGAGGAGGACGACAGGGCCGAGGGGGAGCAGUUGGAGAUGGGAUAUACCAUACAGUUCCAUGUUCAACYGGAACAAGUAGGGCAGGGAGAGAGGGAGCGCAAAGGUUUGGUUCUGAAAAACAUCACCAAUGAGUUGCCACAUUCCAAACCUGUCCACCCGCAGGGGCCACACGCAGACUCUCAAAGCCAGCUACUCAGGCACUUGCGUCCUAAAAUGCAGCUUUUGGCACGCGGCGCCAAACAACAUUCGGACAAGGAGAAUGGUGCAAAACGGCUGCCAUCUUUAGGUGAAAUACAAAGGGAGUGUCCUCAACCAGAGGGGUCGAUGGGAAAUUUCUUGAACCUGAGUAGACUUAGACAGCUGCCGAAACUCUUCUAAAGGACCACGGGAACUAAUGCAAAGGAAACUCAAAAUGACAAAUGAAAUGUAUUGUCGAAUCCAUUGCGAUUUGUCAGUGUGGUUGUGUUCUUAGUAAGAUAUUUUUAAAUGCUUCCAUACAUUUGUUUACAGAUUGUUUUGAAUGCCUCUAUUGGAAUCUUCAUGGUGCUCAUUGAUUGUAWUGUGUACAUUUGUGUAGGACCACUGAAACAGAGGCUCUUACCAAGUCUCUUCACCACUGUGCUCUUUGUCUGUGCACAAAAUGUACUUGUUGCCUUUCUACUACAACUAUGUGGAAGAGGGUGUGGCGUCAUGAUGUAUCUAGCUCUUUGUAAAUGUUUAUUUAUAACAGUUUGGCCUCUUACUGAUACCCYAUCUCCUGGUAAUUGGUGGACACCUACUUAUAGUCAAUGUUGGGAUUUUUAAGUCUGAUUACAUGGUGAAACAGACUACCUUCAUGCCUAUUUUGUUGUACUUUUCAGUUUAAUGUUGUAAAUAUUUUAAGUUUCUUUCAUGUUGACUUGUAUUUCUUGUGUGUGUUUACAUGAAAUGCUGGCUCCAGCAUUAUUUUUAAUUUCUGAACUUGAACUUUCUAUUUAUGAUUGCCUUAAUAAAUAUGCACUAUAA